AUGAGGGGCGUUGUGUCGCUGCUCCUGCUCGCAGUGCUCUGUUGGGCGAAUGUGGGCGUCUCGUCCGGAGGGACCAUCAUCAGCCCCUUCGAUUGCCAAAGCGCCAACUUCCACCAACCGGACACCUCGCCUUGGCUCUCCGUGUCCCGCGGCCCUGGCUUCUACGUCAGCAACGUCUUCCAGUACUGGCUCACCCAAGAAUUCAUCUACGGUAUCGACGCCACAUCAGAGUGGCUCGAAACGCAGCAGUGGCAGCUGCCGAGCGAAGUGCGGCCGGUGAACGGGCUGGUGCUGACGUACUACGACAACGCGCCCGACCAACAGGUGCUCCGGGUGGUGCUGCUCGAUGCGAGGAACUGUCUGCUCGAGUACUACGUCACCAGCGUGCGGCCGCCGGCACCGCCCAAGUACCGGCUGACCACGACCUACUGCUUCGACGCCGGCCUCCCGCUGUGGCAGAAGAUCGCGCCGGACGACAGCACCAGCAUGUCCAACGUCAGGCUCCUCUACCUCGUUUCGCUCACCCACGUCGCCGUUGUCUCGGCCGAAACCAUCCAGCCCCUGCGCAUCAUCAAGCUUCCAGCCGGCGAGAUACCGGUGACGUCGGUUGUGGGCGCCGUCUACCGGCGCAACAAGACGGGAACUGGAGCUGAUCAGCUCUUCAUCAUCCGAGGCAGCAACCAGACCCGCCAGCCUUCUUCUGAGUUUCUCUACUACCGUGUCGACACCCAGGAGUCACAGCUCACGUUUGACCACGUGACGUACCUCCAAGGCGCGUCGGACACUCUGUUUACCAAUGGCAACACCAUGGAAUUGUAUUGGACGGAGGUGGUGGCCAACCGAAACAACGACACACAAGGGCUCUUGUACGGAUACAACCUUUCGCCUCCGCACCACUUUCGCCAGGGCUCCCUCAACUUCACUUCGUGGCCACAGCUUCAAGUCAACAAGGAAGCCAUGAUGAUCACAUCAACACACCAAAGCAAUGGCCGGCUUGGCUACACAAUUUAUGCAGUGUCCCUUGAUCAAGCCCUGCCCAGCCUCCAGCUGGCUGAUUCACUCUUUGUGGCUGAUGCAACACUCCCAUCACUUGGCCAAGGCACAUUCUUUCAUCAAGACCCCCAGUACCAGGACAUUGACUUCUCAGUGGUGAUGGCCUCCCAUAAUGUGGCUGGAAAUGCAUGUCUGCAAGUGUUCUUCCACUGUCCAGGAGACUCAACAGAGUCCAGGUGCCAUAUAGGGUAA